AUUUUCUUUAACUUUGUUGAUACGUAUCUUUUCUCAAAGAUUUUUUUAUCGCCGAUCUUUUUAAAUUGAUGACUUUACCGCACUUGUUGAAAUUACGCUUGUAUACACACGAUAAGAAUAUUGCCUUGCUCAGGUAUCUAGGCUACAGUGAGAACCUAUAAUUGUUAUUAACCAAUCACAAAAGAAAUGGGAGUUGACUACACUUUCCUAACUAAAAACAUUGAUUUUCAUUAAGAUCGGAUUUUCCAGAUUCUGCAGUACACUCUACUCAGAGCUUACCAAAGAAAAAACCAAUCACAGUUAUUGUUAUUGUUGUUAUCGUUAUUGUUGUUGUUGAUUUUAUUUUUGUUGUUGUUUUUAUUUCUGUUAUUGUUUUCUUGGGUCUUUUGCUUUCUUGUUUGUUUUCUUGUUUGUUUGUUUGUUUGUUUGCUUGUUUUUGUUGUUGUUUGUUGCUGUUAAAGAUCUACAGUGUAUUAAUUACAUCAUAACAAAAAAUUGAGAAAAAGUUGAUAUUGUGACUGAAUCAUUUCUAUCUCCAUGAUUGAUCAUGGCUGUUUUGAACAGCGGGUCUGGUGAGUAGGUUGCCGCAUGUACAUGCAUAUGGACACAACAGAUGGUUAUCAAACAAAAACUGGCUGCAACAAAAACAUAUUGUUUAUUUGCGAAAUUUCUAAACAGAGUUUGUUGUUAGAGGAUAGUGCAAUUAUUUUAAUUACAACGGCUAUUAUUAUUAAUUAGUUCGUAUUGUGUUUAAACCCCCUGACUAAUAAAAUUGCAUCAAUUUCCUAUUUUCAAUUAAAGCCAGUGGCAGUCACUAUUUAAUGGUCCUCCUCAAUGGUUUUUGUUCAGUUAUCAAAUUGACGUUGAAGUGAAAAGAUGGCACAAUACUAUACUAAAUUCUUUCUUAUCAUGGCAUGUUGCAUGAAUGUGUUUGCCAUAAAAUGGGUGAACGAGGCACUCAGAGAUGUGAAAAAAUGGUCUCGACCAGCCUGUACAUCAGAGAACUUUCAUCUGAACGCAAAACAGCGCGGCAUAUGCCGCCACAAGACAAAUUUCAUGGAUUCCGUUUCCAGUGGCGCUGCAGAUACAAUAUCGAGUUGCAGAACUUUAUUUCAAGAGGACUCUUGGAAUUGCUACAACAUUCUGAAAGCUCCACAUUUUGACUACAAUAUAAAUAAUGCAACCAAAGAAUCAGCUUUUGUGCACGCCCUGUCAGCUGCCGCCCUUGCAUAUCACGUGGCCACCGACUGUGCGUCUGGAAAGAUAGCAAAUUGUAGAUGUCCCACCCGGUAUCAAGGAGGAGUUACAGAGCUGCCGAAUGUUCCUGGUAAAGUGAUAUUACACAGUAGAGCGUGUCCUCAAGUUUAUGAGAAAGGAAUUCACUUUGCCAGAAAGUUCCUUUCACCCGGAGAGAAGAAAUUGCAAAAGGUGGCUAAAAAAUCGCCUUACCGCGCUGGUCAGUUGAAAAUUGCAGAACAUAACAGAGAGGUCGGAUAUAAGGUUUUUCGUACUGAAAAAUACAAAUACAUAAAAUGUGGUUGCAGAGGUAAUACUGGAUCGUGUCCAAUCAAAACAUGUUAUCAGUCAAUUGAUUAUUUCCCCGUUAUGGCAAAAGAAAUACGAAAAAGAUACGAUGAAGCGUCCAGGGUAGCGAUUGACAAAAAAACAGGCGCGUUGACUCCAACCAAUAGGAUUGAUGAAAUCGUACCAGAACAAGAACUGAUAUACUCCGAUAAUUCUUUAAAAAAAUGCUCAACCAAAAAAGCAAGAACAGAUAUGCGCUAUAGAAGGUGUAGUUUGGAUCCAAACGCGAAAGAUUACUGCAAAAAGAUGUGCUGUGAUGGAAAACAUAAACCAACUGAGAUUGUUGUGGCAGUCCAAUGCAGUUGUAAAUUCGUCUACUGCUGUCGUGUCGAUUGUCAAUGGUGCAAUCAUAAAAAAAUGGUGCAAAUCUGUAUUUAGUCACACACCCGCGACAGAAGAACGAAGCUGUUUCAUUGGUUGAUGACUUUAAAUCAUCAAUUUGGGUAAUUUUCCCAAAUGGAUUUAAAAUCCGCAGUUGGGCAUGAUCGACGGACAUUAAUAAUUUGAUCAUUUGGUCAACGUGUCUAUGGAAACAAAUUAUACCUAUUUGACUUUCGGACAUUGCCAGUUAUCCACUCGAAGCCGCAUAAUUGCGAAACAAUUACAAUGACGCAGGUAGACUCCCCUAAUUUAUUAGUGGUACCAAAAGAAAUCGUCGUGAAUAUUUCACCUACAUGAAUACAUUUAUUUUUUCGUUUUAUGAAAUUGUAUAUAUACAUAUAUUAUUUUAAAAGUUUUGUAUACUUGUAUAUUUACCAGUUGUAAAAUGAUAAUUAUGAUAAUGAAAAUUGAACAUAAAUAUAAAAUAUUAUCGGGUAAUA